AGCGAUCGGACGGGCAAUUGAUUUCUGCGUACCCGGGACAGCGUUUCGUUCGCAUUAAUAUACUCCCAUGCCCUUUGUGCCCUCGUUCGCAUCUCCCUCCCCUUCUUCGCAUCUCCCGUGGCCUGGCCGCUCCUCCCUCUUCCUCGGCAAUCUCUCUUGGAAGUUUUCUUCUUCGCCAAAGAGAACAGUUCUUCAUCAUCGCAACUACCUCCAUGGAUAUAGCAGAAUCUUGCCGAAUAAAAUAUUGGCUAUAAAUUUCCAUACGAUUUCAACCGAAUGCCCUAAUUCUUUAAUUUUCUGAUUUCUAUCUUGGGUCGUCCCUCUUCCUCCAAGCACCAGAAGAGUUCUCCUCUCUUCCUCCUUCAUCGAUUCGCAAAUAUUUUCAUCAUUUUUGCACGAUCUUUUAUUUCCAUCUGAUCAAACCGCAAGGAUCUCUUUCUUCUUCCUUUGAUCAAAUCGCAAGAAACUUCAACAGGUGUUUGUCUGAUACUGAAGAGAAAGAAUGGCUGCGCACAAUAUUGCUCAUGCUACUCUUAAGGGCCCCAGUGUUGUCAAGGAGAUAUGCAUUGGGAUCACUCUAGGCCUUUUUGCAGGUGGGCUGUGGAAGAUGCAUCACUGGAAUGAGCAGCGAAAAACUAGAGCCUUUUAUGACAUGCUCGACAAGGGUGAGAUCAGCGUCGUCGUUCCAGAAGAAUAAAAUGCAUUGUCAUAUUACUUAUUCAGAGCUUAUUUGAUUCUGGUCAGAAAAUGACUAAAAAUAUUGUGUGUUUGUUAAAGUAAAAGUUAAGUUUUGAGUGAUAAAAUAUGCAAUAAAUUUCAACUUCUA